AUGAUGUUAACUGUAGGAGCCAACACAUCUGAUAUAGAGGAGAUUAAAGCUUUUGCGAAUUGGUUGCUCGAGUUGGUGGAGGGAAAAAUUGGUGGCAGUGACGAUUGUGAGGUGGUUAUAGCUAUUCCUGAAGAUCUGUUAAUCAAGUGCUCUGUGGACCCUAUGUCAGAUUUGAUCGACUUUGUAUACCCUUCACUUCUUCAACUGUACAAAGAUAAAGAUUAUUUUGCUGAAAGAGCUAUAUUGGCACCAACAAAUGAGGUUGUUCAAGAAAUUAAUGAAAGAUUGCUUGCUUCGUUUCCUGGUGAUGAAGUGGAGUAUCUGAGUUCUGAUAGUAUUUGUCAAACUGAUCAAGCAAAGAACGAAGCACAUGCGAGACUAUAUUCUCCCGAUGUUCUCAAUGGUCUUAAAAUAUCUGGUCUACCUAAUCAUCGAUUAGUCCUUAAAGUCAGUGUACCUGUAAUGUUGCUUCGUAAUAUCGAUCAACAAAAUGGUUUAUGCAACGAGGCUGAGAUUAUAUCCGGAGGAAACAUAGGGACAGGAACAUUUAUUCCACGAAUCAGUUUGACACCGUCGGAUAAAAGAAUUCAUAUCAAGUUUCAACGACGACAAUUCCCCUUAAAUGUUGUACCCGCUUUGGGAAAUUUAAAAGCUUUAUCUAGGUUGUCUUUGUUGGGGAAUCUUCAGAAAACCGAAUGA